GCGGGAACCCGGGCCUCCGGCUAGAGUAGUGGUUGGAGCGAGCGGGGCCCCGGGGGGGUCGCCCAGGACCGUCCAUCGGAAGUGGGGGACCCUGCGUGGCCCGCAUCGAGAGCCACCUCCGAGCUCCGCACCGCAGGUGCGGGGCCCUCCGGAAUCUGGGGACCGGCUGUGGAACACGGAAAACAUGGCCAGUUUUCAUUGCCCAGGUUUCUUCAUUGAAGAACUUAAUAAAUACCGUCAGAAGCAUGGAGCAGAGCUGAAUUAUCAGGCACUAUCAGUAACAGGCCCUCCACAUGCCUUGAGGUUUACAUAUCGAGUUACAAUCGAUGGGAGAGAAUUUCCACAAGCUGAAGGUAAAACAAAGCAGGAAGCAAAAAAUGCUGCUGCCAAAUUAGCCGUUGAGAUACUUAAUAAAGAAAACAAGGAAGUUAGUUCUUUAUCGCUAACAGUGGAAACUCCAGAAGGCUCAUCCAUGGGGAAUUACAUAGGCCUUAUCAAUAGAAUUGCCCAGAAGGAGAAUCUGACUAUGCACUAUGAACCAUGUGUAUCCAUGGAGCUGGGGUCCCAAAGAUUUUCUUACAAAUGCAAAAUUGGAAAUGAAGAGUAUGUUGGCUCAGGCAGUACCAAACAAGAAGCAAAGCAAAUGUCUGCGAAGCUUGCUUACUAUGAGAAAGUAUUAAAAAGCUCAUGGAAAAAUGACUCAGUGUCUCCUGGUUAUUUUACUGACUCAUCCGAUGUCUCUUCUACAAGUACACCUGCUUCUACAUCAUUGUCAACAGAAAGUGACUCCUCAGCAGAUAUAUCUCGAAGCUGUGACAAGAGUGACGGUGUCAGUAAUUCUGCAUCUUCUCCUAUGAAUGCUCUCAAAAACCAUCAAAAGAAGAAAGAACGACAUUUGGCACCUACAUUUAGCUCUCCUGUUUUAAAAGGAAACAAGUAUACAAUAAACAACAGGUUCAUCGAGAGCUAUGAAGAAAUAGAACAAAUUGGUGAAGGAGGAUUUGGCCGAGUUUUCAAAGCAAAGCACAAAAUUGAUGGAAAGACUUACGUUAUUAAAUGUGUUAAGUUUAAUGACUUGAAAGCGGUGCGUGAAGUAAAAGCAUUGGCACAACUUGAUCACAUCAAUAUCGUUCAUUAUUAUUGUUGCUGGGAAGGAGAUGAUUAUGACUUUGAGGAGCAUGAGGGUAGGAUUUCAAGAUCAAAGACAAACUGCCUUUUUAUUCAAAUGGAAUUCUGUGAUAAAGGGACACUGGAGCAAUGGAUUAAAACCAGAAAAUUGGACAAAUCAUACAAAGACAUGGCUUUGAAACUAUUUGAACAAAUAGUAACAGGAGUGGAUUAUAUACAUUCCCAAGGCUUAAUUCAUAGAGACCUUAAGCCAUGUAAUAUAUUUUUAGUAGCUGAACAGCACAUAAAGAUUGGAGACUUUGGACUUGUAACAACUCUGAAAAGUGAUGUAAAACGAUCAACAAAAACGGGAACAAAGCUAUAUAUGAGUCCAGAGCAGAGUUCCUCAGAUGAAUAUGGAAAAGAAGUGGACAUUUAUUCUUUGGGGCUAAUUCUUGCUGAACUUCUUCACAAAUGUACCACAGUUAUGGAAACAGUAAAGAUUUUUGAGAAUGUAAGGAAUGGCAUUUUUUCUGUUAUAUUUGACAACAAAGAGAAAAGUCUUAUGAAGAAAUUACUAGCAACAAACCCCAAAGAACGACCCGACACAUAUGAAAUAUUGAAGACCUUGGAUCAGUGGAAGAAUUUCCAAGAGAAAAGGAAAAACCACACAUAUUAGGCCCCUUUGGGAAAAGAUCUUGCCUCUGGUAUAUAAUUUUCCUUUAAUUCUAAAAUCGGCUGUAGGCUAUUGAUGGGCACUUAUCUUCUGUUCUCAUUUUCUUUCUUUUUAUUGUUGUAUUUUUAACUUGUUUUUCUACUUAAAAUAC